AUUAUAAUACAGUAGAAUACGGGCUACCAAACAUACCUAUAUGAGCAACUGCACCACCAUUUUUUAAAUAAAUCUCAACGUUGCCCCCACAGAGACAACUUUGCUUAUUUUAUUCUAACAAAUAUCACUCCACGUCAUCAUUUGACCCUCUCAUUUCCAAGCUACGAUCCUGAAGUUGAUAUAAAUGAUUGUUUUGUGGAUAUGUAUGACUAUACUACAAUAGAACACAUAAAAAGUUACUUCAAAAUUGAUAAUGAGAAUAACAUUAACUUUUUUUUGAAGAUACUCCUUUCUCUUUCUCUGUUCUCAGCUCGAGGGCUGGUGCUAUGGUGAAGACAAGGGUUAAGGUGCAGGGGAAGCUUAAAUCGACUCAGAAGAAGAGGAAAAAACGUGGGCCAGUUUCCACAGCUGAUGUUCACAAAACGAAAUCCAUGGCUGCAGUUCUUGGAAUUGAACCAAUUCAUUUCUCUGAUGAAGAAACUGGUAUUGAGGAGAAUGAAGUUGAGCGGGACCUAGACAUUGCUGAUCUCCAGAAGGAAGGAGUUGAUCUUUCUCCCAAAUCGACUUUGCAAGAUCUACAGCAGCAGCAGGAGAUACGAGAGGUUUUCUCGAAUUUCUUGGUUGCAUCGAAGAAAUGUUUACGAGAGGUUAAUCAAGGUGGUGUACUAUUAUUAGAAACAGAAAUAGAAAUGGAAGUGGAAAUGGAAAUGGAAAUGGUGGAGGUCUCAACAACAUCGUCAUCAUCAGUUGUUGUUGUUGUUGCAGUAGUAGUAUUAUUAGUCAUAAUUAGUAUUAUUAGUCUUUCUGAUUUGUCAUCUGGUAAUAUUAAUUUUUUUCCUACUUAUAUGCAUUAUUCUUCUGUUACUAACCUUGUUUCUCCGGCCACUGUUGUCCGUGUUCUUAUAAUACAGGGCCUCUUCAAGCAUAUAUGUCAUCACUCAAAAUUGGUGAUAAUAAAUGUAUAGUUUUCUAUGUUUUUUAUUAUUAUGCAUGUUUUUAUUA